AUGUCUCCUCACAAAUUAGAUGGCCAAAGUAUUAAAAUUGCCAUUGACCGCGGGGGUACUUUCACCGACUGCCUAGGCAUUGUGGAUGGUCGGGAAGAGGAAAUUGUUGUCAAGCUCCUCUCCCAAGAUCCGGCCAACUAUGCCGAUGCUCCCAUCGAAGGUAUUCGCCGUAUCCUUGAGCAGGCAACAGGCAAAAUAUUUCCUCGUGAUCAGAAACUCACAACUGCGGACUUUCCCAGCGUCAGCAUCCGCAUGGGGACGACAGUUGCUACAAACGCGCUGCUCGAGCGGAAGGGAGAGCGCCAUGCUCUCUUAAUCACCAAAGGCUUCAAAGAUGCACUUGUAAUUGGAACCCAAUCGCGCCCCAAGCUUUUCGCUCUGAACAUCCAGAGGCCCGAUGUGCUCUACGAAGAUGUUGUUGAAAUUGAAGAGCGAGUUACCAUCGAGGAUUAUCAGCAAAAUCCUGCACCCAACAAGGAAAGUCUACAGAGGUCUCUGGAGUCAGAUCCUUGCUUGAAACGCGGUGUUAGCGGGGAGGUGGUCCGUAUAUUGGAGCCGCUUGAUGAGCCUUCUACGAGACGAAACCUGGAACAGCUGUAUGCCAAAGGCUAUCGCUCUAUCGCAGUCUGCCUUGUCCAUUCCUAUACCUUUCAAGAGCAUGAAAUUGCAAUUGAACGUAUUGCCAAGGAUAUCGGUUUUACCCAGAUAUCUUUAUCCAGUCAGCUGCUUCCUAUGAUUAAGAUGACUUCACGAGGCGCCUCCGCUACCGCAGAUGCCUACCUAACCCCUGUCAUUCAACGAUAUAUCGAGGGUUUCCGAUCUGGAUUCAAAGAUGGACUGCGCUCAGAAAACACACGCUGCGAGUUUAUGCAGAGUGACGGUGGCUUGGCUAAUUUUGAAAAAUUUACCGGACUUCGAGCGAUCUUGUCAGGCCCUGCUGGUGGUGUUGUGGGAUACGCAGGAACCUCGUUUGAUGAGGCAGACCGGAAACCUGUCAUUGGCUUUGAUAUGGGUGGAACCAGUACUGAUGUCUCCCGAUAUGACGGAAAGCUAGAACAUACCUUUGAGAACACCAUAUCUGGUGUCACAGUAAUGGCACCUCAAUUGGAUAUCAACACAGUCGCUGCAGGUGGCGGUAGUAUUCUCUUUUGGCGUCACGGACUCUUUGUCGUUGGCCCUGAGUCUGCUGGUGCUCACCCUGGACCAGCUUGCUAUCGCAAGGGUGGACCGCUGACAGUGACGGAUGCCAAUCUUUUCCUGGGACGUCUUCUACCAGAAUACUUCCCUAAGAUAUUUGGCCCUAACGAGAACGAGCCACUUGAUGUCGAGGUAACUCGGCAAAAGUUCAGUGAAUUGGCAGAUCAGAUCAAUGCAGAGUCUGGCCAGAGCAAGUCGCCCGAAGAAAUUGCGCUGGGCUUUAUUCAAGUCGCUAAUGAAUCUAUGGCAAAGCCCAUCCGAGCCCUGACAGAGGCUCGCGGAUAUGACACUUCUGCCCAUAAUCUUGCAUGCUUUGGAGGUGCGGGUGGACAACAUGCUUGUGCCAUUGCCUCUUCUCUGAAUAUUGGAACAGUCAUCAUACAUAGAUAUUCAUCUAUCUUGUCGGCAUACGGUAUGGCUCUUGCAGAUGUGGUACAUGAGACUCAGGAACCAGCUUCCGGUGUCUUGGAUUCAACAGCAAUGCGAACAAUUUCCCAGCGCGUAGCUGCGUUGAGAUCGAAAGUGACUGCCGCCUUGAGCUCAGACGGAAUCGACGAGUCUCAGAUUGAGCACGAAGUUUAUCUCAACCUACGUUAUCAGGGCACCGAUAACACCCUUAUGAUUCUAGAGCCGGAGAACGGCGAUUUCCUUGCAGAAUUUGUUAAGGAGCAUCACCGAGAGUUCUCGUUUACUUUCCCUGGUCGCAAUAUAUUAGUCGAGGAUAUUCGUGUCCGCGGAGUUGGAAAAUCUACCUCAUUUACUCCAGAGGCCCCUCAAAAAGAACUCAAAUCAAGGACAAGUAUUCCAAUAGGUCCUGAGAAGCAAGAUGAUUCAUCAUCUGUCUACUUCGCCAGUGCGGGUCAAAUGAACACGCCAGUCUUCUUCUUGAACAAAUUGCAGCCAGGAAGCUUCAUUCAAGGACCUGCGAUGAUUAUCGACAAUACUCAGACCAUUGUUGUCGAGCCGAAUGCAACUGCCAAGAUCUUGUGCCGACAUGUUAUUUUGGACGUGAAGUCCUCUAAAAAACAAAUUGAUGAUGCUACAGUUGUUGAUCCGAUCAAGCUGUCCAUCUUCGGUCAUCGCUUCAUGUCAGUGGCUGAUCAGAUGAGCCGGAUGUUCCAGAAGACAUCCGUGUCGACGAACAUCAAAGAGCGAUUGGAUUUUUCGUGCGCAGUCUUUUCACCCGACGGCAAGCUGGUUGCAAAUGCACCCAACGUACCAGUACACUUGGGGAGUAUGGAGUAUGCUGUUCGUUACCAGCACGAGCAAUAUGGCAAUGACUUGAAACCGGGAGAUCAUAUUUUGACGAACCAUCCUCUUGCUGGAGGUACUCAUCUCCCUGAUAUUACCAUCAUCACCCCCGUCUGGGACAAUGAAGGCAGGAACGUUAUUUUCUACGUUGCAUCUCGGGGUCACCAUGCUGAAAUUGGAGGGAUCGCCCCUGGAUCUAUGCCUUCAAAUAGUAAAAUGUUAUACGAAGAAGGUGCCAUGACGAUGGGUUUCAAGGUUGUUUCGUCAGGCCACUUUGAUGAGGAAGUGGUUCGCAAAUUCCUCUAUGAUGAGCCCGCAUCUUACCCUGGCUGCAGCGGGACACGCACAUAUAAUGACAAUGUCUCGGAUUUGAAAGCAGCCAUUGCAGCGAACCACAAAGGUGCGCAGCUUCUCGAGGGCCUCGUGGCAGAGAACACCUUGAAAGUUGUACAUUUUUAUAUGGAUGCGAUCAAGCGUAACGCUGAGAUCGCUGUCCGCGAACUUUUGAAGUCCAUUGGUCGCAAGAAUCCCGGUCAAUCUUUGAAAUUCUCUGAUUUCAUGGAUGAUGGUACUGAGAUCAGACUCGAGAUUCGUAUUGAUGCUGAAACUGGGUCGGCCGAUUUUGACUUUACCGGGACUGGCCGUGAAACGUUCAAUUGUCUUAACGCACCAAAGGCUAUCGCCCACUCAGCUAUUAUUUAUAGUUUGCGUGCCUUAAUCGACGUGGACAUCCCUCUCAACCAAGGCUGUCUUGCGCCCGUCAACGUGAUAAUCCCGCCAGGAACCCUCCUCAACCCAUCAGGGCAUGCAGCUGUCUGUGCAGGAAAUCCGAUCACAUCACAACGUAUUACGGAUGUUGUCCUCGGAGCGUUUGAUGCCUGUGCAGCUUCUCAAGGCUGUUGUAAUAUCAUUUCCUUCGGCAUGGGUGGCGUCGAUCCAAAGACUGGCAUCGAGGUCCCUGGAUUCGGCGUGGGGGAAACUAUCUGCGGCGGCUCGGGUGCUGGUUCAUCCUGGCAUGGCACUUCGGGUGUCCACGUCCAUAUGACCAACACACGCAUCACCGAUGCAGAGGUCUAUGAAUUGAGAUAUCCCGUAAUUCUGCGUCAAUUUUCCAUCCGUCAGAGAUCUGGUGGUGUGGGACGAUUCCACGGUGGCGAUGGUGUCAUCCGCGAGCUUGAAUUCCGUAUGCCACUAUCAGUAUCUAUGCUCAGUGAGCGACGAGUUUACCGACCUUAUGGAUUGGCAGGAGGUGGUUCGGGUCAGGCUGGCCUGAAUCUGUACGUCAAGAAGGAAUUGGAUGGUACGGAAAGAAUGAUCAACAUCGGUGGUAAGAUGGAGCUUGAGGUCCAGCCGGGAGAGCGAAUUCUUAUACACACACCAGGAGGUGGUGGCUGGGGCACCCCGUCGGAGGAGACAGAGUCAAACUCCACUCGACACACUGGAAAUACCUCUGCUUUCCAGGCGAGAGGUAGUGUUUAUACUUUCAGCCAAGCUGCGGAAGCCGCAUCGUGA